AUGUCCUCCCAAUACUCAGAAGAAUCUAUGCAGGUCCCAGUCGAACGAGAGCCCAAGGAGGCUAACGCAGCCAAUCUUCACCAACCUCUACAUCUUCAGCUCGAUACCGGUGAUGAGUAUACCAACUUUCGUCAAAAAUGGUGGCAGUGGUGGUUACCUAAGGACCCACCACCUCCAGCUCCCCCGUCUCUGGAGGAUGCAGCGCUGAUUCCCUUAGCCAAUGCUUCCAUUUUAUCUCAGCUCACUUACACCUGGAUAACCGGUAUAAUGGUUCUUGGAUAUCAACGCACGCUACAAGCGUCUGAUCUAUACAAAAUGGACACACCCCGAGAGUCAGCUGUACUUGCCGUUAAACUUGAAGCUGCAUGGCAGCGGCGUGUUAAGGCAGCAGCCGACUGGAAUGCACGUCUUGAGAGUGGAGAGCUCAAGCCAUCUCUCUUCAAGCAUAUCGGCUGGACCUUACGCGCAAUUUCCAGUAAAGGACAGACGCAAGGCGGGACUUGGUCUGAGCGACAUGCAAUAUUUCAGAUAAAUUGGCAAGAAUCCGAAGGACGGAAAGAAGCCAGCCUUACUUGGGCUUUGAAUGAUGUUUUUCGUAGCAUGUUCUGGAUCGCAGGUGUAUUCAAGGUCUUUGGGGAUACGGGACAACUCAUGGGUCCUAUCGUCCUUCGGCAAAUCAUCGUCUUUGCGGAGGAGCGUUCCGCUGCAAUUAUUGCCGGAGAACCUGUCCCCAAUAUCGGUCGCGGUAUCGCCAUGGCUCUUGGACUCUUCGCGCUUACUUUGAUGGCCAGCGUCUGCACCCACCAGUACUUCUGGCGUUCAAUGGAAACAGGCAUAUUGAUUAGAGCCGCACUGAUAACGUGUAUUUACGAACGUGGAGUGAACCUCACGGGCAAAGCGCGUGUCAAACUCAACAAUGCCGUACUGGUUAACCAUAUUUCUACGGACGUGAGCAGGAUUGAUUCAUGCGCUCAGUGGUUUCAUGCAGCCUGGGCCGGGCCUAUUCAAAUCACACUCUGCCUCAUCAUUCUUCUAACCGAGCUCGGACCGUCUGCUCUCGCCGGUUUCUCGCUAUUCAUCCUUGUCAUCCCAUUUCAAAUGUGGACAAGGACACUGCAGCAUCGUAUCCGCUUGGGGUCAAUGAAGUGGACUGAUCAACGAGCCAAAGUCCUGCUAGAGGUAUUCGGCGCCAUGCGAGUGGUCAAGUACUUCUCCUACGAGGCACCCUUUCUUCAAAAGAUCUUCGAGCUUCGAAAGAAGGAAUUACAUGGUAUCCGACGGAUUCUUCACUCAUUUUCCGCGUACCUGGCGCUCGCGCUUUCGCUCCCAAUUCUCGCUGCUACACUAGCCUUCGUCACAUACACCCUCACAGAGUACAACUUCAACGUUGCUGCCAUAUUCUCCUCGCUGAGUCUGUUCCAGGUGAGAUCCUUUACAGUGGCGUACAUAAACAUGCAAUUAAGCGAUAAGCAGGUUCUCCGGCAACCAAUGAUGUAUAUGCCCCGCGCUCUAUCGGCCAUCCCUGACGCAUCUAGCGCGAUCCAGCGGCUCACACACAUAUUCCACGCAGAGCUUCUUUCCGAAGAUGCACUCGUGAUCGACAAUGACCAAGAACCCGCGCUUCUGAUGAAGGACGCGACAUUUGAGUGGGAGUCCUUUGAGAAAAACUCUGGUGAAGCUUUCAGCUCGAAGGGCGCACACGGCGGCAAGAGGGCAAAAGAGGACAAGGCGAAAGAAAACCCCGCUUCUGGAAAGGACGCACCGCGCUUUAGGGUCAAGAACGUUACCAUGACAAUCCCCCGAGGUCAACUGGUCGCCGUGGUUGGGCCUGUUGGAAGCGGCAAGUCCAGUUUGUUGCAAGGAUUAAUUGGGGAGAUGAGGAAGGUCUCCGGGCAUGUCUCGUUUGGCGGUCGCGUUGGGUAUUGCCCGCAGACUGCAUGGAUCCAGAAUGCAACCUUGCGCGAUAAUAUCACUUUCGGCCGACCAUUCGAGGAAGAUAGAUAUUGGCGCGUUCUUGAGACCGCUUGUCUACUUCCAGAUCUGCAACUGCUCCCUGAUGGAGACUUGACUGAGAUCGGAGAAAAGGGUAUCAAUAUCAGCGGUGGCCAAAAGCAGAGAGUUAAUAUUGCUCGUGCUCUGUACUUUGAUCCUGAAAUUGUCAUAUUUGAUGACCCGCUCUCGGCAGUGGACGCCCACGUCGGAAAGUCGUUAUUUCAAGAUGCCAUCGUAGGUGCCCUGCGCAAUCGCGGGGUUACCGUCAUUCUAGUCACGCAUGCGAUUCACUUCCUCUCUCAAGUAGAUCACAUCUAUACCAUGCACAAUGGUGUCAUCACAGAGAGUGGAACUUACGACGAAUUAAUCUCCCGCGGUGGGGACUUCGCGCGUUUGGACCGGGAGUUUGGUGGCCAUGCGUCUGAGGGGGAAAAUAAUGACCAGGCGGAGGAAGUCAUUCUGCAGGCUAGCGUCAUCACCAUCGAGGAUGUGAAGUUGAAGUCGGAAAGAGCUAGAGAGAGGGCUACUGGUCAUGGUAAACUCGAAGGUCGCUUGAUCGUCAAAGAGAAGCGGUCGACAGGCUCUGUAUCCUGGGGAGUGUAUUGGACCUACUUGGUUGCGGGACGCGGUUCGAUAACAGGACCUCUAGUUCUUUUCUUCAUGCUCGCGAUGCAGGCAAGCCAGAUCUUGAACUCGUAUACGCUAGUUUGGUGGGAGAGCAACAAAUUCGACCGGCCAAACUCGUUCUAUCAGAUGCUGUACGGUUGGCUCGGGGUUGUUCAAGCCAUCUUCACAUUCUUGCUUUGUGUUGGAAUGGACUUCAUUGCCUUUUACGUGUCUCAAAACCUGCACCACAAGUCCGUGCACAACGUCUUUUACGCACCCAUGUCCUUUUUUGACACCACACCUAUGGGCCGAAUCCUGAGCGUUUUUGGCAAAGAUAUCGACAGUGUUGACAAUCAAUUAGCAAUGGCAAUGAAAUUGGUUGUCCUGACGCUGUCUAACGUUAUGGGCUCUCUCAUCAUUGUAGCAUUCCUAGAACCAUACUUUGUCAUUGCUGUUUGCUUUGUCAUUAUCGGUUACAGCUACUUCGCUGCCUUCUAUCGAGCUAGUGCCCGUGAGGUCAAGCGCCUGGACUCUAUGCUUCGCUCUCUUUUGUAUGCCCACUUUUCCGAAACCUUGACGGGACUCCCUACCAUCCGAAGCUAUGGAGAAAUGAAGCGGUUCAUUGCCGCCAAUAGAUACUACGUCGAUCUAGAGGAUAGAGCUCUAUACCUCGUGGCUACAAACCAGAGAUGGCUUGCGAUAAGGUUGGACUUCAUAGGCGGCGUGUUAGUCUUCCUUGUUGCUCUUCUCGCAGUGAUCGACGUCUCCGGGAUUAACGCCGCCCAGAUAGGGUUGGUAUUGACGUAUACUAUCUUGCUGACACAAAUGUGUACUGGCAUGACCAGACAGACGGCAGACGUCGAGAAUUACAUGAACGCAGUGGAACGACUGAUGCAGUAUGUCGAUGAGGACACGAUACCUCAAGAGGCACCACAUGAGAUCGAAGAACGCAAGCCCCCGGCGCAAUGGCCUGAACAUGGCACUGUUGAAUUCAAUGACGUUAAGAUGGCAUAUAGGCCGGGCCUCCCCAAUGUAUUGAAGGGCAUCUCGGUCAAGGUCAGGGGAGGCGAAAAGAUAGGUAUUGUUGGAAGGACUGGUGCUGGCAAAUCUUCCUUGAUGUUCGCACUAUUUCGAAUUAUCGAGUUGUCUAGUGGUUCGAUCACUAUCGAUGGUGUCGAUAUAUCUACGAUCGGCCUUAAAGACCUUCGUUCCAAGAUUUCUGUCAUCCCACAAGAUCCUCUACUCUUUAGCGGGACCAUACGAUCCAACCUGGAUCCGUUCUCCCAAUACAAUGACGCGGAGCUAUGGGAUGCGCUGCAUCGAUCUUAUCUUGUUGAUUCUGACAUCGAGUCUAACCAGUCAAUUUCCAGCGAUGGCAUCAGGGACGGGCGAACUUCCACGGGCCGCCACGACCUUGACAGCACCAUUGAGAGCGAGGGAGCGAACCUCAGCGUUGGGGAGAGAUCUCUGCUCAGCCUAGCGCGUGCGUUGGUGAAAGACUGCAAAGUCGUCGUACUUGACGAGGCCACAGCCUCUGUCGAUCUCGACACUGAUAGCAAGAUCCAGCACACUAUCCAGACAGAAUUCAAGAACAAUACGCUACUUUGUAUUGCCCACCGACUUCGAACUAUCAUUUCAUACGACCGGAUUCUGGUCCUCGACGCUGGUCUUGUUGUAGAAAUCGACACCCCAUCUAAUCUUUUCAAAUUGGAGGGCGGAAUUUUCCGCGGAAUGUGCGACAGGAGUAACAUUUCCCUGAAGGAUAUAGAGACGAGUAGGCAGGUCUAAGUGGUGGAUGUUGAGGUGAUCUGGAUUGAUUUCCUUUCAUGUCGUUCGUAAGGCUCGCAUACCUCACCUCCCUCAGUCGGUAAUCCGUCGUACACUGUAUAUAUUUCCGUAGAUAAUUCUAGGCCACUACUUAUGUCAUUCAAGCUGUAUCAUGUCGUUCUUCGCU